GCAGCUGGAUGGGGAUGUGUUUGUGGAGCUGGACGUGGGCUCGGAGGGGAACGGGGACGAGGCCCAGCUGGGGGGGGUCCUGCGGGACCUCCUGGCCGGGGGCUCCAUCGCCUCCUACGUCACCUCCCCCCACGGCUUCCAGUUCCGCCGCCUGGGCACUGUGACCCCCCAGCCCCGGGCCUGCACCCCGCUGGAGUUCCGCUGUGGCAGCGGGGAGUGCGUGGACAGGGAGUAUCGCUGCGACCGCCGGCCCGACUGCCGCGACGGCUCCGACGAGGAGGGAUGCG